GUUGGGACGAGGGGGGCGGGCUGUGGGGGCGGUGACACUCGGGAAGGGGGUGGGGCGUGUUGGUGACGUCACGAGUUGAUGCGGCGGUGACAUCACGAGGAGGAGGAGGAGGACGAGAGGCGUUUAUUGCUCACGGGCUCCCGCUUCCGUCCCCGGCUGUCUCCCCUCCGUGUCUCCCCCCCCUAACAACAACACAUCGCCGCUGCUCCCCGUGUCUUCUCGCCCGCCCGCCGCUGAGCCUCUCCCCCCGCCGUCGGUUUAUGGUCUCAGGCGCGGGGCUCCCGCGAGGGGCGUCCCGUCGCGCCGCGCAGUGACCGGCGCCGGCCGCCGCCGUUGCCGCCAGGACAAUGGAUUCGGACGAGGGCUUCAUCUACGAUGAAGACGAGGUGUACAGCGAGGAGGAGACCGACGAGGACGACGACGAAGACGAGACGUCCGAGAUGGGCGAGGUGGAGAUGCAGGAGCCCGUGCUCGAGGCCGGUCAGGCCGGCGACGGGGACGAGUUCCCGCACGAGGUGCUCACGGCCGAGCAGGUGGUGCAGCACAUGGUGGAGUGCAUCAAGGAGGUGAACGAGGUGAUCGAGAUCCCCGCCACUACCACCCGCAUCCUGCUCAGUCACUUCAACUGGGACAAGGAGAAGCUCAUGGAGAGGUAUUUCGAUGGCAACCUGGACAAGCUGUUUGCCGAGUGCCACGUGAUCAACCCCAACAACCGCAAGCUGCGCUCGGCGCGGCCCACGUCCACGCGCUCCUCCUCCCAGGAGGUCUUCUGCUGGAUCUGCUACCUGACCUUCCCUCCCUCGUUCAUGACGGGCCUGGAGUGCGGCCACCGCUUCUGCGUGCAGUGCUGGAACGAAUACCUCAAGACCAAGAUCAUGGACGAGGGCAUGGGCCAGACCAUCUCCUGCCCCGCGCAUGGUUGCGACAUUCUGGUCGAUGACAGCACGGUCAUGCGGCUGAUCGCGGAUCCAAAAGUGAAGCUCAAGUAUCAGCACCUGAUCACCAACAGCUUCGUCGAGUGCAACCGGCUGCUCAAGUGGUGCCCGGCGCCCGACUGCCACCACGUCAUCAAGGUGCCCUACCCCGACGAGAAGCCUGUGCGCUGCACCUGCGGACGCCAGUUCUGCUUCACGUGCGCAGAGAACUGGCAUGACCCGGUCAAGUGCAAGUGGCUGAGGAAGUGGAUCAAGAAAUGCGAUGACGACAGCGAAACGUCCAACUGGAUUGCAGCCAACACAAAGGUG